GAGAAAUUUUGAGAAGGGACCGGAGGUGAGAAAGAGCGGCUCUGGCUUUGCGGUAUACCAUAACGGAGAGAGAGUCGUCAACCUCUACGGUGGUUACGCUGAUGCAGAUAUCCUUCAGUUAUGGAGGGAAAAUACUUUAUCACUAGUAUAUUCUACUACAAAAGUUAUAGGAGCAAUAUGCAUCGCUAAGCUUGUUGAUGAAGGGCUGUUAGAAUAUCAAAGACCUGUUGCAGAUUACUGGCCGGAGUUUGGUGCACAUGGCAAGGAUGACAUCACAGUCCAACAACUCAUGGAACAUAAGGCAGCUCUUCCGGUGAUACCCUUGCCCAUCACGUAUAGCUUGUUACGGGACCAUGCCAAGCUCGGCUCCUUGUUUGCGGACAUGUCACCCUCCUGGAAGCCAGGCACGGCUCAUGGGUACCACGCUGUCUCCAUAGGCCCCCUGACCAGCGAGCUGCUGAGGAGAGUUGACCCCCAGGGGAGGACCCUGGGAAAGUACUUUGAUGAGGAGAUAGCGAAACCCUUUGGUAUAGAUUUCUUCAUUGGUCUUCCACUGGAGGAGAACCAUCGCACGGCCAAGCUAAUCUGUGCAGAUCCUGGUCCCGUUGUAACGUACAGGUCCGUGAGGCACUCUUCCAAGAACAGGACUGCUACGACCGGCUCCAUGAAGGACAUAACGUAUGCAAAAAAACUUGUUCAGAAUGCUGGAGAAUUGAGAGAUUUUUUCAAAACACAAAACAAUCCCGAAUACCGUGCAGUGGAAAUAGCAUCAGCAAAUGGCUUUGGAACUGCAGAGGCGUUAGCAAAG